AUGGGUGGAAAAGAACCAAAGACAAUAAUAACAGACCAGGACAAAGCAAUGAAGAAAGCAAUACAAACAGUUCUAAAGUCUACAACCCACAGGAACUGCUACUACCACAUCGUGACCAAGAUGAGUCAGAAAGAGAGCACCUUCUUUGCAAAAAACUCAGGACUGUCGGAAAUGCUAAUGUACAUUGCGAAGAACGCAUUCACACCAGAUGAGUUCGAAAUGGGAUGGAAUAAAGUGAUAAAGGAUUACAAUGCUGGCGGAGAAGAACACCUAAGUAAGUUAUUCAGGAUAAGACACAGGUGGGUACCAGCGUACUUCAUGGAUAAAUUUUACCCAUUCUCAUCAAGCACAGGAAGGAGCGAGAGCACAAAUAACAUGUGGAAAUGCUAUAGCCAGCACACAGACACAAUAACAAUGUUCCUUGAGCAAUAUGAGGUCAUACAAGACAAGUGCUUAUCUGCCCUGGACAAGAAGAAGCUCACAUCAACACUGAAAACAGCAAAACUAGUAACAAGACAUCCGUUUGAGAAGCAAGCUCUUGAACAAUUCACACAUGAAAUAUUCGAGAAGUUCCAGAUCGAGAUCACAAACAACACGGCAUUCAAGGUAGAUGGAUCACUUGAACCUGGUCGCCACCUGCGGCUGAAAAGAAUAGUGAAAUUCUACAACCACAUGGAAUUCAAAAGGGAGUUGUUUGACGUCACAUUUGACGAUGAAAAAAAGAACUUCAUGUGUUCCUGCAAAAAGAUGCAGAGGGAUGGUAUACAUUGCUGCCAUGUAAUAAAAGCAAUGGUUCACAUGGAGAUCAAUGAUUCGCCAGAGAGUUUUGUGAUUAAAAGAUGGAGAAAAGACAUAGACAUGGAACUCGCAACAUUAGGAAAUGUCGCAGAUGCUUCUUGCGGAGACGAAACACUAAAGUUUGCCGGCAGAACUUUGCAACAAAGCGUGCCCAAAUGA